ACCGUCCAUCAUGACCUCAGGUGGGGGCCCACCUCAUUCACGAACGACUCGAAACCGACCUGAUUGGACCGUCUGUGACUUAAUCAAACCUCACCGAGUGGUAACAAUCACAAGCCGUUUCUGGUGUCCACUUUCUACUCCCUCUCUCGAAGGCAAGGGAAGGAAAAAAUAAAAGAAAAGAAACGAAGACCUCCAAGGGGCAGAUCGUCAAAGGUUUGGGUCUAAAUGGAAACAACUUGCAAUUGAGCUGCCAAUAACAAAAAACCCAACAAGGACAUCUGUAUUUGUGCUGUGGCAGCUUGUUUAGGAAAUUAAUUUGAUGUCCCUGCUGGAAAUUUACUAUUUUAAUUGGUUUUUGGAACCAACAAGUACCCUUCUCUCCGAAUCCAGCAUUUCCUCUCCCUCUCUCUCUGAUUUCUCAGGUAUAUGAAGAGGAAGUGAGGGCUUAGGUCAUUCAGUCAGAAUGGAGUCUUGCAACUGCAUUGAGCCACAGUGGCCAGCGGAUGAACUGUUGAUGAAAUAUCAAUAUAUUUCUGAUUUCUUCAUUGCACUUGCUUAUUUCUCAAUCCCUUUAGAGCUUAUAUACUUUGUCAAGAAAUCUGCUGUGUUUCCAUAUAGAUGGGUCCUUGUGCAGUUUGGAGCCUUUAUAGUACUUUGUGGGGCAACACAUCUUAUUAACUUGUGGACUUUUACAAUGCAUUCAAGAACUGUGGCAGUAGUAAUGACCACUGCAAAGGUUUUGACUGCUGUGGUAUCAUGUGCAACUGCCUUGAUGCUUGUACAUAUUAUUCCUGAUCUGUUGAGCGUUAAAACUAGAGAACUAUUUUUGAAAAAUAAGGCUGCAGAGCUUGAUAGAGAAAUGGGUCUGAUUCGUACGCAAGAGGAAACAGGUCGACAUGUUAGGAUGCUUACUCAUGAGAUAAGAAGCACUUUGGAUAGACAUACAAUACUAAAAACCACUCUUGUUGAAUUGGGUCGAACUUUGGGUCUAGAAGAAUGUGCCUUGUGGAUGCCAACACGUACUGGGUUAGAGCUCCAACUUUCAUACACUCUUCGCCAACAGAAUCCAGUUGGGUAUACUGUACCCAUUCAUCUACCUGUGAUCAAUCAAGUAUUUAGUAGCAGUCGUGCGGUAAAAAUAUCCCCAAAUUGUCCUGUGGCAAGACUACGGCCUCUUUCAGGGAAGUAUGUGCCUGGGGAGGUGGUUGCUGUCCGUGUCCCACUCCUGCAUCUCUCUAAUUUCCAAAUUAAUGAUUGGCCAGAACUUUCAACAAAACGCUAUGCUUUGAUGGUUUUGAUGCUCCCUUCAGAUAGUGCAAGGCAAUGGCAUGGUCACCAGUUGGAGCUUGUUGAAGUGGUUGCUGAUCAGGUGGCAGUUGCUCUUUCGCAUGCCGCAAUCUUAGAAGAGUCAAUGAGGGCUAGGGAUCUUCUCAUGGAUCAGAAUGUUGCACUUGAUCUAGCCAGAAGAGAAGCAGAGACAGCAAUUCGUGCUCGAAAUGAUUUCUUGGCUGUUAUGAAUCAUGAGAUGAGAACCCCAAUGCAUGCGAUUAUUGCUCUAUCUUCUUUGCUGCAGGAAACUGAGUUGACACCUGAACAGCGUCUGAUGGUUGAAACAAUUCUUAAAAGUAGUAAUCUUCUUGCUACUCUAAUAAAUGAUGUAUUGGAUGUUUCGAGGCUCGAAGAUGGCAGCCUUCAACUAGACCUUGGAAUUUUUAACCUUUGUGCUGUAUUCAGAGAGGUCCUUAACUUGAUCAAGCCGAUUGCUUCUGUCAAAAAGCUUCAUGUUUCAUUAAAUUUGGCUCCAGACUUGCCAGAAUAUGCCAUUGGCGAUGAGAAGCGCCUGAUGCAAACAAUUUUAAACGUUGUUGGUAAUGCUGUGAAAUUUACGAAGGAGGGCAGCAUUUCAAUCACUGCUUUUGUUGCUAAAUCAGAAUCACUCAGAGAUUCUCGAGCCCCUGAAUUUUUCCCUGUUCCAAGUGAUAAUCACUUUUAUUUGCGUGUACAGGUGAAAGAUUCAGGUUCAGGGAUUAGCACUCAAGAUAUUCCCAAGUUAUUUACCAAAUUUGCACAAACUCAAUCAACAGCAACACGAAAUUCUGGUGGCAGUGGACUAGGUCUUGCAAUUUGUAAGAGGUACUUGUUUUUUCUGUGGACUUGCCAUCUCAGCCAUGGUUAUAGUCAGUUGACUACAGAGGCGGCUUUGGAUCAACCUCUGUACUGGUACUUUGAAUAUUUAGCUGUCCUCAUGAUGUUUAACCCUUCUUAUUAUGUGAUCAGGUUUGUAAAUCUAAUGGAGGGACAUAUUUGGAUUGAGAGUGAAGGCCUUGGUAAGGGAUGUACUGCUAUCUUCACUGUAAAACUCGGGAUCCCAGAACGCUUGAAUGAAUCUAAACUUCCCCUUAUGCCUAAAGUGUCAUCAAAUCAUGGGCAGACAUCUUUUUCUGGGCUUAAAGUUCUGGUUAUGGAUGAGAACGGGGUUAGCAGGAUGGUGACUAAGGGGCUUCUCGUGCAUCUAGGGUUCGAGGUUACAAUGGUAAGCUCCAGUGACGAGUGUUUGCAUGUGGUUUCUCACGAGCACAAGGUUGUUCUCAUGGAUGUAUGUGUACCUGGCAUGGAUGGUUAUGAAAUUGCUGUCCAAAUACAUGAGAAAUUCACAAAAAGCCAUGAAAGGCCCUUAAUAGUGGCGCUCACUGGAAAUACAGACAAAGUAACAAAAGAGAACUGCAUGAGGGUUGGUAUGGAUGGUGUUAUAUUGAAACCUGUUUCACUUGAUAAAAUGAGAAGUGUUUUAUCGGAUCUUCUGGAGCACCGAUUUUUUCGAGGCCAUAUAGAGAUGAAGAAUAUCGGUGAUUGACCAUGUGAUGGGGAAAAAGAUUAAGACGAGCAAGGCAAUGACGGAAAUUCUCUGGAUGGUGUAGUCUGUGUACAUACCGCGCCAAAACCAAAGCCGUAUAAGAAAAAAAUUGAAGCAAGUUGGUGCAAAUAGCAGGGCGUGCCAAAAGCCUUUUUGUGUGUUCUCUUGUGCAACAAACACAUUAGUGAAUGAAACAACGGACUUAUGAAAAGUUCUGCCAAUAGGUAGUAAGGAACAAAGCUUGUUGUAGUCAGUUACAUUGAAACAAUAUAUUUGAUUUUAUCAAAGUCAUGCAAUUUAAUGUUCCACACA